CGACAUCGCUUCCUGUAGGAAGAUGGCGAAGGCGCCGUCGUUUUGUGUGUGGGUAAUGGUGCAUCACCAUGGAUAGCGAUCACACGGGCUACGUUAGCUUGACGGCGACCAUGGACAGUGAUCAUACAGGUUACGCUAGCUUGACGACUCCUGCCAUGGAAGUCGGGGCAAAAUUUGCUUCGCUAGAAGAACUUAGCGCUGCACUCAGGCUGUACGAAGAGACUCACUUCACGCAGUUUUGGAGGAGCUCUUCACGAACAAUCCUGGGUGCCCGGAAAAAAGGCUUGAAAAGGCCCAUCAAAGAAGAGCUGGUCUAUUCAGAAAUAAUCUUCAGCUGUGCAAAUGGUGGCCGGAAAUACACAUCCAAAUCCACAGGAGCACGUCCCAACCAAAGGACGUUCAAGAUUGGCUGCACAGCCAGGAUAAAGGUAGUGGCUUCUGCGGAUGGCAACUACCUGGAAGUCAAGCUUCUGGAUGAUGUCCAUAACCACCCUGUCAGUGAGGCCUGUUUCCGGCAGCUACCAAAGCAGCGACGAUUGGCAGCUGAUGACCUGCUUGAAGCCAAGAAGCUUCUCACGUUUGAGUCAGAUGAAGAAGCCAUUCAGAAUUUUCUUGUCAGCACAGGCAAGGUGGUGCUGCUGCGUGAUCUGCGGAACAUGGGCAUCUCUGGCAGCUCCCAGCCAAAUAACCAGCAGACGCAAGUAGAGCACACUCAACAGCAGGGCAAUGCUUUGGAUGCCUUAGUGCUUGAAGUCCAAGGUGCAGGGGGUGCUCUUGAUGUUCUUGCCACAGAGGACAACGCACUGGUGGGCGUGUUCUACCAAGACCACUUCAUGCGCGAAGCCUACCAAAGCUACCCAGAGGUUGUCUUUGUGGAUGCUGUAUACAAGACUCAGGGCAAAGGUCCAAUGCUAAUCCUGGCUGUAGAGGACUCCAAUGGGGAAACUGAGGUGGUGGGUUUUGCUUUGUGUGCUGCCUCAGAUGAUAUCACCAUUCGGCUGGUGUUGGAGCGUUUCGUGCUGCACGUGGGUGCUGAUGCAAUUGACCGGACACAGACAGUCAUGACUGACCGUGAAAUGGUUGAGCGGGGACUGCUUCGCGACAUGUUCCCGAAUGCUACCGAAGUCAUCUGCAUGUACCAGGUGCUGCGUGCCUUUAAGCGCCAGAUGACGGCUGAGAAGAUGGCUCUAAGCCGAGAGGAGAAAGCCAGUAUGAUGGAGAUCCUGCAGCGCAUGUGCCAUGCUCGGGACGAUGAUGCCUAUAACGAGCUUUUCCAGAAACUGGAGCAGGCUUGCUCUGCCAGUGUGCUGGCACACUUUAUUGCCCACUGGCAUGAGAUCCGGUCCCAAUGGGUGCAAGGUUUACAGGAAGUUCCUACAUUGGGAAAUCGCACAAACAACCGUCUCGAAUCAGUCAACCAGAAGGUGGCCCACAUUGUGGGCAAGCAUGAAGUUCUGGACCAGCUAUUUCAUGCACUCAAAUGCUUUGCAACACGCCUGCGGAUUGAGCGUGACCAGCGAGCCAUGCAAACUAUCCUCAAGAUUGCGGCACCACCCAACAUGACAGAGGAUGAGCGCAGGUACAUGGCCUUCCUUACACCAUAUGCCUUCAAGCGAGUGUCGCAGCAGAUGCAAGCAGCUCAUUCCAUGGUUGAACCUGACGAGACCUAUGUGAGCACAUGCAGCUCAUGUAACUGCUGGGAUGCCACAUCCUACAUGCUACCCUGCCGGCAUAUCUUUUUCGAGAGACUUCGCACUGGCCUACCUCUUUACUUUGAGGAAGGUGCUGCUCAGCGCUGGACACGUGAAUACUACAAAAAUGCCUGUCGCCUUUUCACAUCUGAGCCCAAGAUGCAGCAGCAGUGGAGUGUGGGUGCUGAUGGUGAGGAAGAGGCUGAAGAUAGUGCUGCAGCCAAGAGUUCCCCUUUCGAAAAGCGCAAAGUCACGGAAACUGGGCUGCUCGUUCAACAACUGGCAGCAUGCAUGCUGCAGUUGCCCCCAGGCCACUAUGAACGAGCGGUGGCACUUGUCAGAGACCUCAAGAGUGCCAUGGAGGAAGGCAAGGAAGUGUGCCUUGUGCGGAUAGAGUCAAACAUGGAGGUGCAGUGAGACACGUUGAGGUUGUGCUUUUUGUCAGUAUGCCAGCAGGCAUAACAGAGUAGAAAGUGGCUACACAGAAUGUGUGAAGCACUUCACAUCACAGUGGAACUUCACAGUCAUGGCUGUUUGUCUGUGCUGUCAUCAAGUCAGACUGGCUUCCACAGGUGCAUUUUGUGGUGUGCACUGCCACUCAUGGUGUAUGAGCACCUUGAGCUUAGUAGCAAGUGCAGCAAAGGGAGUAUGCAUCCUCUGUUUGUCGCCAUUUAUGAUGUGAAGGUUAAGUUAGAGUUACCCAAGAAGUCUUUUUGGUUACAUUGCCACAGAACUUGUAUUUUACAUAUCGGUGAAUGAGACACUUGUACUUAUGGGUGGCUUUUGCCAGUUUCAUAAGACAGAUGCAGUAGUUGCUGAUACUUUUCCCAAGACCAUGCCUGUCAGUCCAAGGCACAGUUGUCUAUGCCAAGGCAUGUGCAGUUUCUUGAAAUACCAGCUGCUGGUGUCUGUGUAUGAGCGCAAGCACCACUGUCAGCAGCACAAUGUCUCCAGUGAAGUGUUUUCAGUCAAAGGACCUCACUUAAAGUGUGUAAAACAGCAUUUCUGACCGAAACUUUCUGAAGGCGAUGUAGAAUGGUAGUAGAAUAGCUUGCAUGAAUGCCUUGGUCUAGCAUGUUGCAACAUAGUUCCUUCUCAAGCUGGUUUCUGUAAUGUCAUUGCUACAGCAUUCAGGUUAUCUCAAAGGGUGUAAAUAUAAGCUAACCCAUGAAAAACACUUUGUUGUGCUCUGCUUCACCAUGGCAAGGAUUGCUUUUCUAUACACAGUCAUGUUAUAAGUAAAAUUCUGAAUUUUCCACUGGAAUGAACAACUUCUCAUAGGUAACAACACAGGAGAUUACUUCUGUCUCAGGGAUGAGAGGGUGUGAAGGGUGAUCACAGGGAAGUCAAUCAAGGCAGAUCCUGGUGACCUGUGCUCAUGCAUGUGACGACUCCAGGAUGUAGAAGCAGGUUUUGUGUAUGAAAGAAGCUCUAGUGUGCUAGCCAUAUCCACCAUGUUGCCACUAGCCUAGAAAUUGAGCUUAGCAAGUAGCCAUCGUCAUGUGCAAGCUGGGGAUGAGGUGUGGAAGGCACCUUGAUCACCAGAAAGGGUACGACACAGAAAGGGUUUGGGUGAGUUAGUACAGCGUUUUGAUUGUAUGCCAUCGCAGCAAGCACUAAAGGAUUUGUUUCAUGCACUGAUAUACAGUCAUAAUCGAAGGGCACAUUUCUCAUGCAAUCAACUUUUCAGGCCUGAUCUGUUGGGCUGCUUUACAAAUUUUUGGGGUCAUAAUAGCCCAACUUGUAACAAAACAUGGCCAGUUGCCCAAUUUACCAAUCCACAUUGAGAAUUCAUGCAAAGAUGAAAAGAGAAUAGAAUAUUGAACCAAAUGCAGCUUCUCUUCCUUGUUUAAAUAUACUUUGUUGCUCUUGCUCUGUCUGCUGUAUGUCUGAGCAAAAUACAGGAGGAAAAUUCUUUACUAUAUGGCCUCUUGGUUAUUGACCCUGCAAUUUCUGUCACCCCUAAUAUAAAGCAGCGCACUGAAAGCAACAAAAAGUCCUUCAGCAAAAAUGCAAAGAAUGUGCUUACUGAAAAAAAAUGUGUGUGUGUAAAUAUAUAUAAUGAUGCACGAAGCCUUACUUAAUAACCUGCCACUGGCCUGCUCAUGUUUAGGUUGGUGGCAUGUUAAAGCUGAUAGCUGAUGACUUUACUGACCAGAUAACAACGCAAGAAACAAUUCCUGAGGGCCAUAUGCCAUAUUGCCUUACAGUUCAUCUUGAUUGUCAUCUUUGCUGCUGACUCUUGGUAUCUGUUUACUCAUCACUGCUUCCAUUUAAUGCUUUUGAUGUGAGUUUUAAACCCCAAGGAAGUUAUGAUCUGUCAUCCAAUGAGGCAUGACCACCAGCCAUUGCACCUAACAAUCAAACCUCAAUUUAACGAAAUUUGUGAUGUAAUAAAUUAUUUGAAUUCCCCUAUCUUAGUUCCAUUGAAAACUGUGUAUUUGUUUUCACAAUUUAAUGAAGUAAUUUCGUGACAUGAUUUCAAUUUAACGAAAUUUUCGGCCAUUUCAAGCAUGUAUAUGGAGCCUGUAUGGCUGGUAUAUCUAGCAAAGAGACUAUAAAAAUGUCGGCCAAGGAAAAAGUUAUUUGCAAGCAUCCCUCUGCAUGAAAAGUUUAAGCAGAAGAAACGUGUCGAAGUGCAUGCACCGGGACGCAGUAUGCAGAAAACACCGCUGCAUCAUUUGUUGUGUAACAGCUUGCGGAGGUCGUGGGGCAUGUGGCAGCUCGGAGCACUCAAAUAAACAAGACAACUGACGAUUCCUUCAGUGCAAGGGAGGUGGCAAAGAGGCAGUGCUACCGACCUGAAGAAAAUUUCCCUAGAUCCAGGGAUUCUAUGGCUUGCUUAAGAAACAUUUUCAAAAUCUGUGGAAGGGAGGAAGGAAAAACAGGGAGGGUAACCAGACUUUGUCCACUUUGCAAAUCUACGUACAAUUUGUACUAUGACAUGGAACAAGGAAAAACUCGGAGACUUGAGAAACCGCUGGGCUGUGACACCACAAUGACCAUGACGUGGAACUGCUGAUGUGACAGCAUGUUUUGAUUUCAGUCAGCCCAAAUUACUUUUGCAUUAGCAUACAAAGUAUGCCUUGUGGUCGGACUGCAGUGCAGUGAACGCCUCUUGCCAAGUAAAUGACUAGGUGUGGAUAUCUUCCUCUGAAUCAAAUAUUUAUCUCUAACCAGCAAGACAAAUGUAUGCUGCAGUGUCACACAAAGCAGCACCUGGAAACUUUGGCAUAGGUGGACACAUAUACCUAGCGCUGAGCAUGACUAGGCGGCAGGGGCACUGUGUAGCCGACUAUGCACUCAAAUUUACAAUCCAUAGGCAGAGCAGCAGACUCGUAUUGUAGAGUCUCAGUGGUAACAUGUAGGGAGAGUUUUCACAUAGAGCAUGGGUUCUCAGGGUGAGUUCCACGGAACCCAGAGGUUCCGCAGGCCCCUCCUCAGGGUUCCGGGAGCCACUGAUAAAUUUUCCUUGGUUCCGCGCUCGCCCAAGUGGCUAAGAUGGUGAACCAUGUACAUUUGUACCGUUUGCAGAUAGGUGCUGCUAGCGUGCACGCGGGUGUUUUUGUCAGAGGAUUAAAAAUUAAAUACACGGGGCAGCACAACUCAGCUGGUUGUAGUAUGGUAGCUCGGUGAGCAGAAAGCGUUGCAAAUGCGCAAUGCAAAAGAGCAAGAACGGCGCUAGCGUCCAACCGAAACAAAGCUGCGGAGCCCGCCUAGUCGUCGUCCGAAAUCGUACGUGAUAUGCAAGUGACAGCAACGCCAGAACGUGUUGUGCCUAAUGUGCCCUUAAGCCUUUAUUCUUGUGUUUAUUGCCAUGCAUAAAACCUCGUUGGCAGCUGGCCGUGUGCCUUCAUAACUGUGUUGUUGAGAACCCCUGGAAUAGAGGAAAGAAAAAAAAAUUCGACAUGCAUCUGCGUGCUUUGGUGCAAAUUACUUGUAAGCUCGCUAACAUGAUGCUGCUAUGUCGGUACACCACAGCAUAUAAGAAAAAUGUAUUGAACAUACUUUGUAUUGGUGUCAUGAAGAGACACACUGUUUUGACAUUGCUACAGAUUCUGUAACCAGGUGGAGUCCGGUGCCAGCUUCUUUGCAGUUCAAAUAAGGUUGUGUCAAUCUGGUCAUUUUGUCAUUGUUCAAAUUUGUUUUCCAUAUGGAGUAAAUAUAAACAUGCUGAUGUCUUAUUCUGUGAAUGUAGUUUCAAGCAGGAGGCUGUGUUGUUAGCACAAGGAACUCUGGUUAGUGUGGCUUGCACUGCAAUAUGAUUUCAGCUUGAGUGCAGCAACUUCAUUAUUUAAAUUUAUAAAACAAGCUUGGAAAUAAAUUGAAACUAUAAAUUUUUAAUAUGUUUGCAUAACUAAAAAAGUACAUCUUGACCGAACCAUAUUGACAAACUUAGCAAGUGUAUAUUACAAAAAUCUAGGUAAAUCUGGAGAAUUCUGAAUACAAUUUAGGGGGAAAUUGGCUGAAAAGGUUGGCUGCACUGAGAAAAGGUGAGUGUGCGGUAACGUGAUCAAGUACGUGCCAGAGCAGGUGGGGGUGGGUGAUGCAUGCCUACCUGCCCUCUCCCCCUAGCGUGCGUGUCUCCUCUUCUGUACCUUUUCUGUAGCUGCGCAUGGCUGUCUAUGUACAGGCCACAUGCCGUAUGUUGAAGGUAAUCUUCGGCAAGUGCAAAGGCCAAGCCCAGAGGUUUGGUGCCUGGAUGUGCAUUCUGUUUACGCACGUCUAGUGUUGGUGGUUGCGUAAUCUCAAGUUUAUGAGGCACAGUGUGAAGUGUUUGCUCGUGUUGCGACAGCGUUCUUGGUCAUCAAGUUGGAUCUCUGCCUGAGCGUGCAUGACACCGACGAUACUACGAACCAUACUUCAUGUGUGCCUCAGCAUGCAUGACAGUGAUAAAAAUACGAACCUUACUUUGCGCAGUUGUCUCUUCGCUGUCGCCAUCAAUGGUGGCGACAGCGAAACCCUUUGGCAAAACUGCAACAUUUCCCUUUUUUUUUUUUUUUUCUUGGGACAAAUGUCUGUAUCUUCCUGCUCUUUUAUUUUUAAUUUGAGGGCACUUAGCAUGGUCAGCCAUGGCGUCCAAGAUUUACGGCACCACGUGGUGCAACACGCUAAUCUUGGACUCUGUGAGCCACUUCGAUGCAUUGCUCUCAGCGCUAUCUGCAAUGUGCACGCUGGUGCUCAUAACCACGCUAUUAUGGCCCGAUGUUCUUGUGAUUUGUUUGUAGGUGAUUACUGACAAGAUGCUAUCCACCAGGAAUAUUGUGUGAAUUUGUUAAAUUUUUACUGGUGGAACUUUAAAACCUCGAAUUAACAAAAUUAGCAAUUUAAUGAAGUUUUUUUGCUUUAAUUAUAACUUUGUCAUAUUGAGGUUCAUGUACAUUUCCUUCAGUGGAGUGCCCAGAGCACUUGUGAUUAUUUUUCUGAAUUUAGUGCACUGGAUGUGGAGGAACUUGGGAAACAUUCUGUUCAAAAGAUGUCACCAAAGAGCAGACUUGAUUGAAGUUGAAAUAGUGUGAUAAACAGGUGUGCAUGGCGUCAUACAUGCUUGCGACUCUUGUGUCUUGGUCACAUGGUGUUCAUACUUUCUUGAUGAAGCUUGCUUGCUUCCUCGUGACAGGGGCUGAGUUCAUUGUUUCACGGGGUGCAUUUACUCUCCAGAUUUGUAUGUUUCUUGUUUUUUAUGCUUUAUCCCUCCCUACUCGCAGUGGAAUAGUCCAAGCGCCCACUAUAAAUGAGAUGCUAUGUCUGUGGCUGGAACCUUUCAAAUAUUGUGGAACCCUGUGGCGUUUGGUCUAUAAAACAUUUCACCCUGA